AUGGAACCUGACGACUUUGAUUCUGAAGACAAAGAGAUGUUAAGCUGGGAUAUUAAUGAUAUCAAACUGCCACAGAAUGUGAAGAAGACCGACUGGUUCCAGGAGUGGCCGGAUUCCUACGUGAAGCAUAUCUACAGCUCGGAGGACAGGAGCGCGCAGCGGCACCUGAGCAGCUGGGCCAUGCGCAACACCAACAACCACAACUCCCGCAUCCUCAAGAAGUCCUGCCUGGGCGUGGUGGUGUGCAGCCGUGACUGCACCGCGGACGGGGGCCGCAAGAUCUACCUGAGGCCCGCCAUCUGCGACAAAGCCCGGCAGAAGCAGCAGAGGAGGCGCUGUCCCAACUGUGAUGGGCCUCUGAAGCUAAUUCCUUGCCGAGGCCACGGUGGCUUCCCGGUCACCAACUUCUGGAGGCAUGACGGACGCUUCAUAUUUUUCCAGUCAAAGGGAGAGCAUGACCAUCCUAAGCCAGAAACCAAGUUGGAAUCUGAAGCAAGAAGAACGAUGAAGAAAGCACACAUGACCUCUUCCUCCACCUCCUUAAACCAGAAGGGGAGACUGGAGACAAAGUCUCUUCCAGGUGAAACACAAAGUCAGGGGAGUUUACCUUUAACUUGGUCUUUCCAGGAAGGCGUCCAAUUGUCUGGUAGUUACAGUGGACGUUUAAUAGCUAACGCUCCCCAGCAGAACUCACUGAAUGAUUGCUUAUCCUUCUCCAAAAGCUAUGGUUCGGGGGGAAGCACCGAUCUGGCAGACACGACUUCUACUUUGGACCCCACUAAACUGUAUGAAAAAUGCAAAUUGUCUAAUAGUAGGAUCUACAGUAGUGCAGACCUGCUCCAGCCUUCCUUCUCUGGAGUCUAUUCGGAUUAUGACAAUCUGCAAACAUGGAAUAAAAAUGCCUCUUUGGGGAGAAAUCCUAUUAAUGACAGCUGUUGUCCCAACUAUCCUUUUCCUCUGACCAGCUGGCCUGGUGACUUCUCUUCUUCCCCGAACUCUUCUGAACCUUUUUUCCAGCAGAUUCCACUGGAACCGCCUGCAGCCAAAACUAGCUGUUCUCCAUUGUGGCCAAACUCAGGGAGUGAUUUUUAUGAAGAGAAGGUGUCUGUGGAUUUCAACAGCUAUGUCCCUUCCCUCACGUACCAUUCACCUCAGGAAGACCCCUUUCUCCUCAGCUAUACCCCUCAUCCUCCCCAGCAAUAUUCACUGCCAGGCAAGAGCAGGAUCUGGGAUUUUGAAGAGCAAAUGCCAUACAUGGGUUUGGAUCACUGCAACAAUGAAAUGCUUCUAAACCUCUGUCCUUUGAGAUGA